AUUGACUACAGCAUUCAUUUGACUACCGUAGGUACACAGGAUGAUUAUCCAUUCAUCCUCGCCAGAAGAUUGCUACAAACGGUACAAACGGAUACAACAACCAGCGUCUUUCUUUCUCGCGCACGCGCCACCGUCCAUCGUCCACCGUCCACCACGAGUUCCACGAGUUCACAAGUUCACGACACUCUCAACGCCCCGUCCCCCUCCCCCUCCCCCAAAAGAAAAGCCAAAACCCAUUGACGGCCCAGCCCCGCCUUCAACCGCCCGUCAACUACUACGUCUCGUACAGUAUUAGCACUCCGUACAUCGUCGUCUUAUUCCGAUUCUUAUUAUUAUUACUUGUACUUGUAAGUUCUGGACGGCGAGAAACUGCCCUUCUAUUGCUUCUUCAGUGAGCCAGCGCCAUGCGCGCA